AUGUCAGACGUGGAAAACACUCCCGAAGGGUCGCAACAAAGUGGGUCUACUAAAGAAAGGAGAAAAAUUGAAAUUAAAUUCAUCGAAAAUAAAACAAGACGGCAUGUUACUUUCUCCAAGAGAAAACAUGGGAUCAUGAAAAAGGCAUUUGAAUUGUCCGUAUUAACUGGUACACAAGUCCUUCUACUGGUUGUCUCUGAAACCGGAUUGGUAUAUACUUUUAGUACACCGAAAUUUGAACCGAUUGUCACACAACAAGAAGGUAGAAAUUUGAUCCAAGCAUGUUUAAAUGCACCUGAUGAAGAAGAAGAGGAGGAGGAGGAGGAAGGUGAAGAGGAAGACAACAAUGACCAUAUUACAAACCAAGGGGCUGAAAUAUUAGGCUCUUCAAUUACUGAACAAGAUCCUAGCGCUAGACAUAAUUCUACAAGUAGUAUGACAAAUAUAGGAAUGGAUAGUAUGAAUGCGAUAAAUAGUAUGAAACAAGCAAUCGCCGGAAGUACUAAUGCAAUGGUGCCUCCAGGGCAACUCCCACUUCAGAUGCAACAAGUUGGAAUGAAAAGAGAGGGCAAUUCAAAUAAUAUGACUAUAGGACAGACCUCCGUUGUGUCAUCAUCUGGAACGCUAGGUAAUCAAUUUUCUACCCAGAAUCAACAACAACUACAACCAACAACGCAACAGCAACAACAAGAGCAACAGCAACAGCAUAUUCAGCAACAACGACAACAACAACAACAACAGCAGGGAAAUCCUGCCACUUCACAUCAUUAUCAACACGGUCAAGGUUUCCCAAAUACUAAUUCACCAUAUUUGAAUGCUGAACAAAACGCAGUAUAUCAGCAAUACUUUGACGAGCAACAACAGAAUCAAUUUUAA